AUGGCCGAAGGUAGCUUAGAGUCUUUCCCAGGAACUUCUACAACAUAUUCUACUAAUCCACCUGAACAUUUUGGAGAAGAUAUUAAUGAAUCGGCUACAAUCGAGUCAUAUGAUGAACAACGACAAAGUUGGAUGGAAAAGGAAUCAGAUUCCAAGUACUUCUACACCAACAAGAACAGUUCUUUCUUUCGGAAAACUGUAUUUGCCAUUGGAAAUGGAGUACCACCUACACCAGAAAGACCAGAAAGUCGCAUCAAUUCUGUCAUGACACCUGCCAUGGCAUUGGAUACCUUUGCUGAUUGUUUGGACAGUUACGAGAAGAAGGAGAUCAAGAAAUGCAAACUUGUGUCACACGUUGGGUCAGCAGCAGAGAAGGAUAAGUUACGGAACUACUACAAGAAGUACAAGAGCUUCGACGACAUUCUGGGAAGGUAUUUCAUUUUAACUCACGACCACCUGUAUUAUCGGUACGAGAUUCUCAAGGAAUUACAUGUUGGCAAAAUGGCACAGGUACGAUUUAUAUUGUUAUACUUUACAGCUUAUAGAUAUGCUUGUAUAGCCUUAUCGUAAUGUUAUAGUAUACACAACUUUGCGUAAUAAUUUGAAGAAUAUUGCUUUUCUAGGUAGUGUUGACGUACGACCACGAAAGAUGUAAGAAAGUUGUUGCCAAAAUCUUCCGAAACGACCAAUGGCCCAAGAUCUGUGCCGAAAAGGAACUCAAGGUGUUCUGGGCAGCACUCAUCAAAAAGGAAGGGAAAGAAAUGCUGAUGGAAUUGUGUUCAAAACACUUUAUUUGCCCGAUCUACAAUCAGUUCAAGUUCAGAGGACACAACGUGUUCAUCAUGGAGCAAGCGUCUCGUACUAUAGAUUAUUUAAUCAAGCACAACGUCGAGUUCUCACUUAUUGUAAGAGUUUUAUCUUGUUCUUACGAAAAACGUUGUUUGGGUUUCAUUUCUUUUUCAAAAUUUACAGUUUAUUUUUAGAACAUUUGUAAAUUUGCACGACAAAUCUGCGACGGGCUCCAAUUCUUGCAUGGAUUGGGUAUUGUUCAUGGGUCGAUCUGUCCUCAACAUGUCAUUCACUCAUUAGACAAACCAGGUCAAAUACGACUCAUUGACUUUUCCUACUCUUGCAUUGACAAAGAAUGUAAACUACCUCUCCACUUUCCUGAGGGCAAACACAAUUAUGCUGCUCCUGAACUUCUGCUGGGCCAUAAGUACGGGAAGCCAGUUGAUAUUUGGGGAUUGGCUUGCACGGUGGCUGAAAUGAUAACGAAGAAGAUGUUAUUCAAAGGCAGUGUGGACACGGAAGUGGUAGGUUUGUUUAAAGUAUGUAUGUUAGUUUUUGGGACAAAAUGCAUAGAAGGAUCAAAAGCAGUCAGUAACCUUUAUUGAUCAAUGUAAUUGUUUCAUUUAAUUAAUAGUGCCUGUUUCAGAUGACAAGUAUUUCUUCUUUACUGGGUAACAUUGCCCCACAUCUCUUGACAACUGAUAAGACUACGAAAGGGAUAAAGCGGCCAGAACAACCAUAUUUCGACCAGUCUGGCAAUUUUAUCUUUGAAGGAAAGCAGUUGACGAGGACGUUUUUGAAAGACGUAAUCCCUGAACAAAUGGUAUAACUUUUGUAUAUUAUGGUUCUUUCUAUGAACGUUAUGUUUACUUACCGUAGUAAUUAUGGUCUUUUUCAGUUUGUCGAACCCAUAAAAGGAUUUCUGAAGUCAUCGUUGGUCUACAAUCCUGUCAGACGUCCAACUGCUGACAAUGCUUUUCAAUCAUUCAGUAUGUUGAGCACGCCAAUGUCAACCAAACGCGCACAAAGUACUUCUGUCAAUCGCAAUGAUGCAAGUAAACGCUCUGUCACAAAUUCAUUGCCAGAUUCAACAACUCCGAAGAGGAAGAAGCCCAAGUUGGAGGUUUAGUUAAGUCAUCUAAUUAAUCUGGUGAUAAAACCAGCUAGUUACCAGAAAUCUGGAACAGCUAGCUAUAAGUUUGUUUGCUACUUAUAUAUUACAGUAUAUUGUAGUUGAUCAAGGGUGUCUGGUCAUUAACACAUAUCAAUAUGUCUUCGGAAGUCUUUCAGGUUUACAAUUAGGUUAUUUAGUGAUGUAAUAAGUCGACGGUGUACAUAAAUAAACUUUUAAAGUCCAAAUUUAGUAGUUUCAAGGUUUGUGUUUGAAAGUGAUGUAUCCGCUCUUACCACUUGAAUCGGCCUACAGAAGGGGUUACGGAGUGAAAGUCAAGUGACUCAAGUCGUGCAUCAUGGUGCGAUCUUGAAGAUCAGCCUCAAGAAGUCGGCUACCUUGACCCAUACUUAGUUGCUCAACCACAGCGCCUUCUUUCGUCUCGUAAAUGCCGGUUUUUUCGAAGCAGUAUCCAUUUUCCAUCGGAAUUAAAAACGUCGCUUUCUCUGACUUCUUUCAUUUCAAAACAACUUUUUUCAGUUGUUGCCCAUCACAAUCGAAGCCUUCAGCUGGGAUGGACCCUCGGGCCAAUGGCGAGGAGGGACCGGGCGGCCUAGUCUCCCGGAUCCUCCAAGUCGCUUUAGGCUUAUUCGUUACCACGGUGGAGCUGCCAGUGCUAUCUCCAAAUGACAUGUCGAAUCUGAGUAUAAACUUUGACUGUGACUUCAGUAGGGCUUGCAGGUGGGGUUCUGUAGGGCAUGGGUUGAGUAAGUGGAAGCUGGCUAAGGGGCAGCCGGAUGGACUGCUAUGGCUGGCGGCUACAGGGACAAUGGCAUUGCCGUCGGAUCCAUUCGCUAUUCUCGAAAUCCAUGACUCAGAUUCAGAUAUAUUCACGUCACAACGAAUAAACUGUCAAAUAGAGUCUGCUAUGUUCAGUUUCACCUACUGGACCAUCGGUAAGCUGUUCAAAUGAUUACUUUUAUUGUUUUAGGGAGCGCUGAUCUCCAAAUAUGUCUGUUGGACGAGUAUAUGCGAGAGUUCAAUUGUACUGGAAUGUUAGAAUCGAGAGUACAACCAGGGAAGGUAGCUCUCAAAAUACCUGCAAUCGGACGACCAUUCCAUGUAAUUUUAUUUUUCAAAUCGUUGUGCUGCCAUAGAUAGUAUCUUGUAAAACAAAACGUUUUAGAUUGCCAUAAUCCCUGACGCCCGACCAGGAGCCAUCGUAUUAGAUGACAUAAAAUACGAUGCAGAGUUUUGUAAAGGUAAUACAUUAGAACAGGUAGCUACUAGAGGACCGCUCUUCCCGCGCCCUGAAUCAGUAUCAGUAGAUAGAAUAGUGCCACCUACAACAACAUCCACGUGGAUAGAGAUAACUACUACACAGUACACGACAACCACAGAAGCAACUACGGAGCCUACUACAACAACAGAAUCUACCACAACCACUACUACAGAAGAUACUACGACGACGGCUACUGUCACUACUACAGUAACAGAGGCUCCUGUUACAAUGUAAGUGUUUUGGUUAACUUUUGUUGUUAAUUCCAUCUUACUGUAGAUAAUUUAGUAAAAUGUCAUUAUAUAAUGUAAAUCAUGAAAUUGUAGUUCGACGACGCCAAGAGAAACAAUUGCAACGAUCGAAGAGAAUCCAGAGUUUGAUCUGCUAAUAAUUGGCAACAAGACUCAACCUUUGUUUGACAGAAGACGAGGACGACUGAUCGAAGACACUGGAGAUCUGUUGUGUGACUUCGCCUUCAACUUCCCUUGCUUCUGGGGUCCUGAAGCCGGGAAAUGGGCUAUCGUGGAGAAAGGUACGAUCAGUUGCUUUACUAAAAAUAUUUCUUCAAAUAAUUUUACACGAGCAUACUAUUAAAAGCCUAACAUUACGUAAAUGUAGGUGCCAUUCCCAGCAUGGAAGAACGAGCAAUUGAAGGUACAGACCUUCCAGCCUACCCAGCCGCUGUAGUUAUCCAGGGAACGGCCAUGUUCUCCAGUGAUCCGCUCAAAUGUCAGACCGGAUCUGGAAAGGUGAGAUCUAGCCUUCAGACCUUACUCUAUCUUUAGUUACUCUUUCGGUAUUGGGCCAACAACAAGUUGACACUUCAAGUUUGUGCGUUAGGCUACAACUUGGACAGUAACAAGAUACAGUGUGUAGAACAAGACACCGGUACCAGAAAGGACCAGACGGCUCUGGCUGUUUUCGAAUUUUCUCACGAUAUUCUGGAGCCUUUUACCGUAAGUUUGAAGAGCUGAUUGUUUCGAAUUUGUCAAAAAAGGGUUUUCUUUCAAAACGUCGUCUUAACAAAAACUGUAUUCUUCACAAAAAGGAUGUUUCCGAAAAAUAAAAUGUUUGAAUUUAGUUGAACAUCGUUCCUGUUUGGGAAAAGAAAGUGAGGAAUGCGUAUCUUGUGUUAGAUGAGAUCGCUUACAUUGGAGAAUGCAACACGACGCUGUUGGAGAGCUCCGAAGUAUUCGAAAAAAAGAUCAACAACAAGAAGAAAAUUGAAAAGAUUAAGAAGCCGAUUGUCAAACCACUACCUCAUCAAACCACCGUUGAAGCUCGACCGGUUACAUCGUACGUUUCGUGUCAUUUAAACUUCACAUUAAGUUUAUAAUUUCAGAAAGCUGGGUCUAAUAACUCCAUCGCCAGCCGUUGAUAACCUGCCCGAACCAGAUCGCAAAGAAAGCGAAAGCUUCGAGGAAGAAAGUGUAGAAGUCACAGAAGCGACUACAGAAGCCACCACGUUGACAACCACGUUUACCACAACCGCCAUAAUUGCACCCACGAUGAAUGUGAGACCUGGGUUAGUCGUUCAGAAGACAACCUCCAAAAAUUCUUUCACGAUUCCUUAUACAACAACACCCAAGUUUGUAACUACAACACCUGAACCCAUCAUGGACUACUGCAAGCUGCUCAAUUGUGAUUUCAAUGGUACGUUUACUCUUUGAGAAUAUGUAAAAACUGUUUUAAAAACUUUCAAAAUAUUUAAAAUCCCAUAUUUAGAUAACGCUUGUCAUUACCUGAACCAUGGACUAACGAAGAUCCCCUGGACUCUCCGUAACAAAGGGUAUGGGUUUCCAUUGUCAAGACACACUGAUCUGAGGCCAACUCCUACCAACGGACAGUUUGUUAGUGCCAUUCUGGGACCCGGGGACUUUGCCAUAUUGGAAAGUCCACGAUUUAACUUGACUCAAGGGAUAAACGUGUUACUCUUCCAAUACUACAGGUAAGCGUUAUACACCAAGUUUACAAUAUUUAGGCCGACACAUGCAUCUACGAUACGAUUAUGUCUGGGGACGAGGUACACAAAGCCUUUAAGGACGAUAUCGAGUUUUAUCCAAUGUCCGCCUAUCCUGCGGUCAUUAACGUCAAAAAACGCCUUUAAAUGGAAUAGUGUGCAUAUACAGUUGCCGCCGGGAACAAGUCACGUAUGUUUUAGUUCUUCGCAAUUGUUAUGAAUAAAAAAUAGAAGCCUGAUUUCAAGUUUUUUCAAUGCCAAAUUUAAAAAACGCGAUAUGAGACUCCUAUAACACUAAAAACUACUUUUCAGUUUUACCUUGUUGCACACAACCUGGACAGAUCAACAGAAAAAGCAGCGAUCGCUAUAGACAACAUCCGAGUGGCGAUCUGUGAUCCCCGAUCUUUCGACCCGUCGAUAGAAGAAUCAACCACAAUGGAAACGACAUCAUGA